AACCACUUCCGGGGCGGGAGCGGGCCGCUGGGUCCGCGCGCUGUGGCGGUGACCGGCGCGGAGGGAGCCCGAGUGGGCGCGGCCGAGGGAGCGCGGCGGACAGCGGCGGACAGCGGCGGACAGCGGCGGACAGCGGCGGCCCCAGGGCUGCCCGGGGCCGAGGCCCAGCGCGGGGAGGCUCCGCGGCGGCCCGGCCCCUGCCUGGUGCUCGCACCUGCUGCCCGUUCGCGGGGCGUCCCAGCCCUGCAGCUGGUUCGCCGGGGCAGUUUACAGCUCCGAGGAUCUUCUUCGCAGCUGAGGAGCCGGGACGGAAAGCCACGUGCGGGGUUCGGCAGCCAGGAUCGUUCAGCUGCUGUGGGCAGCAGUCUGCUGCGGCAGGAGUGUGACCAUCGCAUUUCAUCCCCUGGAACUACCAGGAAGAAAAGACCCAAGUGACCCCAGCAUCCCCCUCCACAGCAAUGUCGGAGCUCAGCGAUGAAGCCAGCGAGCCAGAGCUGCUGAACCGCAGCUUGUCCAUGUGGCACGGGCUGGGCACGCAGGUCGACCGGGAGGAGCUAGCUGUCCCCCUGGAUCUGCACACAGCCGCUUCCAUUGGCCAGUACGAGGUGGUGAAGGAGUGUGUGCAGCGGAGAGAGUUAGAUUUGAAUAAGAAGAACGGUGGUGGCUGGACCCCGCUGAUGUAUGCCUCCUACAUUGGACAUGAUACCAUCGUGCACCUCCUGCUCGAGGCGGGGGUCAGUGUGAAUGUGCCGACCCCGGAAGGGCAGACUCCACUGAUGCUGGCCUCCAGCUGUGGCAACGAGAGCAUCGCCUAUUUUCUUCUCCAGCAAGGUGCUGAGCUGGAAAUGAAGGACAUUCAGGGCUGGACUGCCCUUUUCCACUGCACCAGUGCUGGGCACCAGCAGAUGGUCAAGUUCCUUUUGGACAGUGGAGCGAACGCCAACGUGAGGGAGCCGGUGUGUGGAUUCACUCCGCUGAUGGAAGCUGCGGCCGCCGGCCACGAGAUCAUCGUGCAGUACUUUCUGACUCAUGGAGUCAAAGUGGACACGAGAGACCACAGUGGAGCCACAGCCCGGAUGCUGGCCAAGCAGUACGGACACAUGAAGAUCGUGGGACUGAUCGACGCCCACUCACCUUCUCUGCCCAAGAGCCUCUACCGGAGCCCAGAAAAAUAUGAAGAUCUGAGCUCUUCAGACGAGUGUGGCCCUGUCCCUCAGCGACAGAGGCCCUGCCGCAAAAAGGGGCUCAGCAUCCACGAGGGGCCGCGAGCCCUGGCCCGCAUCACGGCCAUCGGACUCGGGAGCCGGGCGCAGCAGCCUUGCUACGUGACCAGGCCACCCUGGGAACUCCCUCCCAGCCUGGAGACCAUCCCAGCCAGGAGACCAUCCCAGCCAGGAGACCACGUGCCUCCGCAGGGCUACGUCAGCUUCAACAGCAGCGAUGAGCACCCCCUGGAGGGGGGCGGCCUGUGCUACAGGGACGUCACCUCGCCCAUCAACGAGCGGGACGUGGAGAGCAGCAGCAGCAGCAGCCGCGAAGAGCAGGCCUUCUUUGCCAACCCUGGGGUUGCACGGAGCAGCAGCAGCGAGGGCCUGGCCCGGGCCCCGGGACUCAGCAGCGAGGCCUCCCUGGAGAGCAACGAGGAUUCGGAUCAUGUGCGGAGAAGCUCGGUUCGCAAACAAACUAAAAGUUACGUGAAGACCAAGAACCGUUAUGGCGGCAGUGACAGCCAGUGGGCUCCCAGCGCCGUGACGUCCUGUGCCCCGGGAGUGAGCCCCCAGACUGACAGGCCCCCGUAUUCAGGACCCCAGGACCUCGCCACACUGCUGGAGCAGAUCGGCUGUCUCAAGUACUUGCAGGUGUUUGAGGAGCAGGAUGUGGACCUCCGCAUCUUCCUGACCCUCACCGAGAGCGACCUGAAGGAAAUCGGCAUCACGUUGUUUGGGCCCAAGAGGAAGAUGACGUCCGCCAUUGCCCGCUGGCACAGCAGCGCCCGCCCCCCCAGUGACGCCCUGGAGCUGGCCUACGCCGACCGGCUGGAGGCCGAGAUGCAGGAGCUUGCCAUCCAGCUGCACAAGCGCUGUGAGGAGGUGGAAGCCAUGCGGGGCCUGGUGUCCCAGGAGCAGGAGCUGCGGGCCGUGGUGGAGAGCUGCCUCCUGGAGCAGGAUGGUGCCCGCAAGGAUGUGCACACACAGCUGCAGGAGACCUGGGCCCUUGCCCAGGACGCUGCGCUUGUCCUGGACCAGCUGCGAGCCUGUCAGGCCGAGCUGUCAGCCCGAGUGAGGCGGGACGAGUUCCUGCGUGAGGCCCCCCUGCGCCCAGGCCUCCCUGCAGCAGACCCCAAAGGCUGGCAAGCCUCCUUGCAGGCCCUGAGCCUCCCCGAGCUGUCGGGAGCCCUGGAGGAGCGAGUCCGGGAGAUGGGGCGAGUCCUAUGCUCGGUGACCCAGAGCCUGGAGAAGCUGCAGGCACUGAGCGGGAAGGAGAGCUGGCGGGAGCCGUAGCCGGGGGACGAACCGGACGUGGGGUGACUGAUCCACCCUGAAGCUGUGUGCCCGAGGACAGGAGGGCAGCGAGUGGGCAGCUGCAGCGGCCAGAGGAGCAGGCCCCAGCAGCAGCAGCAGCAGGCAGGCAGGCCGGGGCCGGUGCAGGGCAGCGAGGCCUGCAGCAAGGCGGGACGGGGCCUCUCGUCAUCUUGUCAGACCCAGGCUGAAGCCCAGAGCCGGCAAGGCCACGGGGAGCGUCCCCAUGCCAUGCAGAGGUUCGCCCAGGUGGGGAGGCCUGGGGCCCCUAAGCAGCGUAGGUCAUUUGUGGGGAAAUAAAACUUACACUCCGGUGGUGCGGGUUCA